GGCAGGACCGGCCCGGAGCCGCCAUGGAGGGAAGCCCCAUCCCGGUGCUGACCGUGCCAACGGCACCCUACGAGGACCAGCGGCCCACUGGGGGCGGGGGGCUGCGGCGGCCCACCGGGCUUUUCGAGGGCCAGCGCAACUACCUGCCCAACUUCAUCCAGAGCGUGCUGUCGUCCAUCGACCUGCGCGAUCGCCAGGGCUGCACCAUGGUGGUGGGCAGCGACGGCAGGUACUUCAGCAGGACGGCCACGGAGAUCGUGGUGCAGAUGGCUGCGGCCAACGGGAUUGGACGACUGAUUAUUGGACAGAAUGGCAUCUUGUCGACACCUGCUGUUUCCUGCAUUAUAAGAAAGAUCAAGGCAGCUGGUGGAAUUAUCCUGACAGCCAGCCACUGCCCUGGAGGACCCGGGGGAGAGUUUGGAGUGAAGUUUAAUGUUGCCAAUGGAGGUCCUGCACCAGAUGUUGUUUCAGACAAAAUCUAUCAGAUCAGCAAAACAAUUGAGGAAUAUGCUAUAUGUCCUGAUCUUCGAAUUGACCUGUCUCGACUAGGAAGACAAGAAUUUGACCUGGAGAACAAAUUCAAACCAUUUAGAGUGGAGAUAGUAGACCCAGUGGAUAUCUAUCUCAAUCUCCUUCGGACCAUCUUUGACUUUAACGCCAUCAAAAGUUUGCUGGCUGGGCCUGGCCAACUGAAGAUCCGAGUUGAUGCUAUGCAUGGAGUUAUGGGACCCUAUGUGAGAAAAGUCCUGUGUGAUGAGCUGGGAGCCCCAGCCAAUUCUGCAAUAAACUGUGUUCCCCUGGAAGAUUUUGGCGGGCAGCAUCCUGAUCCAAACCUGACAUAUGCAACGACCCUUCUGGAAGCUAUGAAAGGAGGGGAAUAUGGAUUUGGAGCUGCAUUUGAUGCUGAUGGGGAUCGUUACAUGAUCCUGGGCCAAAAUGGCUUCUUUGUGAGCCCUUCUGACUCCCUGGCCAUCAUUGCUGCCAACCUCUCUUGCAUUCCAUAUUUCCGUCAGAUGGGGGUCCGAGGGUUUGGGAGGAGUAUGCCCACCAGCACGGCCCUGGACAGAGUGGCCAAGUCCAUGAAGGUCCCCGUAUAUGAGACCCCAGCUGGAUGGAGAUUCUUCUCAAACCUGAUGGACUCGGGACGGUGCUCUCUGUGUGGAGAAGAGAGCUUUGGCACUGGUUCCGAUCACCUCCGGGAGAAAGAUGGGCUGUGGGCUGUCUUGGUCUGGCUCUCCAUUAUUGCUGCCCGGAAGCAGAGUGUGGAGGAAAUUGUUCGCGAUCACUGGGCCAAAUUUGGCCGCCACUACUAUUGCAGGUUUGACUAUGAGGGGCUAGAGCCCAAGGCGACAUAUUACAUCAUGAGGGACUUGGAGGCUCUGGUCACAGACAAGUCCUUCAUCGGCCAGCAGUUUGCCGUGGGGAGCCAUGUCUACAGUGUGGCAAAGACAGACAGCUUUGAAUAUGUGGACCCUGUGGAUGGCACUGUGACCAAGAAACAGGGCCUGAGGAUCAUUUUCUCAGACGCAUCACGGCUCAUCUUCCGGCUCAGUUCCUCCAGUGGCAUUCGGGCCACCAUCAGACUGUAUGCAGAGAGCUAUGAGAGGGAUCCCAGCGGUCAUGACCAGGAGCCACAGGCAGUGCUGAGCCCUCUGAUAGCCAUCGCACUGAAAAUAUCCCAGAUUCACGAGAGAACCGGCCGGAGGGGUCCCACCGUCAUAACCUGAAGGAAGAAACCAUGACUCACCAGGCCCAAAGGAGAGCGCUCUGCAGGAGACAUGUCACCCACGCCUUCUUGCUAAUCUGUUUGUGCCUCUUAUGACUUUGGAAAAAAAAACAAAAUAUAAUUUGCUGGUGGGGGGUGGGAAAAG